AUGGCGGCGGGAAAGCGCGCUGAGGGGAGCGUGUUGGGAGGCGGCGGCGGCGGCGGCGAGUCCCAGGAGUCGGAGGCGCCAGGCCCUCUUCUCCCGCUGAGCCGGCUGGACAUCCGGCGCUACUCCCGGCAGCUGGUUCUCCCGGAGCUGGGCGUGAGCGGCCAGCUGCGGCUGUCGGGCUCCUCGGUGCUGGUGGUGGGCUGCGGAGGGCUGGGCUGCCCGGUGGCUCAGUACCUGGCGGCGGCGGGCGUGGGGCGCUUGGGCCUGGUGGACCCGGACGUGGUGGAGCUGGACAACCUCCACAGGCAGGUGCUGCACCGGGAGAGCCGCCUGGGCACCCCGAAAGCGCGCUCGGCGGCCUCGGCGCUGGGGGAGCUCAAUUCCCGGGUGCGCUGCGUGCCGUACGAGCUGGCCUUGUCGCCCAGCAACGCCCUGCAGCUGGUCCGAGACCACGACGUGGUGGCCGACUGCUCGGACAACGUGCCCACCCGAUACCUGGUCAACGAUGCCUGCGUCCUGGCCGGGAAGCCCCUGGUCUCCGCCAGCGCCCUCAGGCUCGAAGGGCAGCUGGCGGUGUACAACCACCGAGGGGGCCCCUGCUACCGCUGCCUCUUCCCCAAGCCACCCCCUCCGGAGACGGUCACCAACUGCGCAGACGGGGGGGUCCUGGGGGUCGUGCCUGGCAUCCUCGGUACCCUCCAGGCCUUGGAAGUGAUCAAGAUCGCCUCUGGCAUGGGCGCCACGUGCCACGGGUCCAUGCUGCUCUUUGACGCCCUGGAAGGCAGGUUCCGUCACAUCAAGCUGAGGCCCAGGGACCCCAGGUGCGCCGUGUGCGGGGACCACCCCACGGUGACCGCCCUCCAGGACUACGAGGAGUUCUGCGGGUCGUCGGCAACGGACAAGUGCCGGGCGCUGCACCUGUUGAGCGGCGAGGAGAGGGUGUCCGUGGAAGAGUACAAAAGGGUCCUGGACAGCCGGGCUCCUCACGUGCUGGUGGACGUGCGCCCGCCGGUGGAAGUGGACAUCUGCCGCCUGCCGCAUGCCCUCCACGUGUCCUUAAGUAAGCUGGAAGGAGGAGACGAAGGAUCCUUGAAGUCCCUGCGGCAGAGGAUACACGAAGCGAGGCAAGGGGCGGGUGACAGCGCGGUUCUCCCCCUUUACGUGGUCUGCAAAUUGGGAAAUGACUCUCAGAAGGCUGUGCGAAUAUUGCAGGGGUUGUCUCAGAAUGGACUUGGUCCCAUUUCUGUCAAGGAUAUCAGGGGAGGGCUGAUGGCAUGGGCUAGCAAAAUCGACGAAGAGUUCCCCCAGUAUUGA